AUAAUUUUUCUCUCCCUUACAGAUUGGAGAGCUCCAAACCAAAAAAACCUUUAACUAGUUACCUCACUGGUGUGAACGGUGCUCAAAUCUGCUGUGUGUGUUCUUCUCGGCGCGGUGCAGAAUAUCCACAGGGUACAGUUUCUUCUCGGAUGACUGCCGUCUCCAGUCGAGUUCACACUUGCCCGGCCGUGUGGCAGGUGAAACCUGUCCAACCUCCCAAGCAAACGGAUGUGUGGCUUGUUAACAGGAGUGAGAGCUGGAAGGGAGGAUUGUCUGUAGCGACAUGGUCACUGGUGAGCUCCUGACUCAGGUAUCCUGGACUCCUGGCUGUCUGGUAAGAGCCGGACUAUGUGGGCAGAGUUUUGACGGUGCCUCUGAAGUCUUUGAAUGUGAGAAAAUUGGCAAAGAUGUCACACUGACAUCUAGCCGUUUAAGCUUGUCCUUGUCUGCUCCUGCCGUUCUCUGGGACUCUAUACUUUCCCCUCUGAACUGAAACAAAAAGGGAGUGGAACAUUUAAUACAGCAUCUUCAUUUGUCUUACUCCUGGGCUCCUUCUUUCCGUUCGCCCCCUCUUCGUUGAGGGAAGGCAACGGGAGGCAGGACUGGCUUUUUUUUUGGGAAGUUCAGCACCAGAGUCAUAGCUCUGUCACUGCAGACGUGCAGCCGAUCUUCAAGCAGCAGAGCGGAUCUCUGGAGCCCUUCAGAUCCAAAGACGAGCUUCACCAGGAACCCCGACCUCAUCGAUUUCUCUUGGAUUUCACUGGAAAGUUCCACUUUGUGACGCAGUUGUUUACUUGAAGAUGACAGUCAGAUCUUUUUAUGCAAAAUUGGAUUCAGUUUGACAAAAAGAACAGAAGAAGCAAGACUGAGUGAGCUCUAGGCUUGCUGAUGCCCGUUGGGAUAAAGGGCUGACAUCACAGUAAGAUGGAGAGAUUUGUUUAGAGGUACAGAAGAGGAAGAGAGGACAGUGGGAGGGAGGAUAGAGGCAGGAUCCAGCCCUCUGGGACAGCACAGUAGUUUUUGGGGGGUGGACAGAGCAGCUUUGUGCGCAGAACAUCACCGGACACCAACAGGAGGGGAAGCUGCCUGUUGUUCUGUGUGUGUCUGUAGUGAAACCAGACCUACCUCUACACCACACGCCUCCAUCUGCUGCCCAAGACUCCCACAAAAUGAAGGAUUAAACUCACAAAAGGAGCAGGAGGGACUGGGAUGGAUUGGAGAACCCUGGAGUGAACCACUGGAUAAGAAAAAAAAAAAGUCAGCAAUUCCUCAUCUGGACUUUGUCCACGAAUCUGAGUUGAUUCUUGAGUGUGCAGCUCAUGGUGGUGGUGAGCGAUGCCGGUCUGACGGAGCUUCACGGCCAGAUGCCUGCCGCUGUGCUCCAGAGCCCCGCACCAGCCGGGCCCGACUGGAGCUUCCAGAACCCGGUGGGGGUUGACUGCAGCUCCCCGGAGCCUCGCUGCAUUUGGGUGGCGGUUCUCCGGGGGACCUCGGACCCGCUCGCCCCCACCAUGCCAGCCGAACACAACCAGAGCUUUCAUCAUCUCAGGGCCAAGGGGUGGCGGGAUGGUCUCUCCUCAGCUGGUGACAACCCCAGGCCGCCAAUGGCAACACGGCCUGGAAGGGAGGGGCUCGGCACGGGCUGGAAGGGCCCCCGGACGCUGGUCCUCCACAAGAACUCCCAGGGUUUUGGUUUCACCCUGCGCCACUUCAUCGUUUACCCUCCAGAAUCCGCCCUACACACCACCUUCAAGGACGAAGAGAAUGGAAAUGGAAAGGGAUAUCCGAAAGGUCACCUGGAGCCAAUGGACACCAUAUUUGUGAAGAAUGUGAGAGAAAAAGGCCCCGCCCACCAGGCAGGCUUGUGCACAGGGGAUCGGCUGGUGAAGGUGAAUGGAGAAAGUAUUCUUGGAAAGACGUAUUCGCAGGUGAUCACCCUCAUCCAGAACAGUGAGAGUGUGUUGGAGCUCUCCAUAAUGCCAAAAGACGAGGAUGUGCUUCAAUUGGCGUACUCCCAGGAUGCCUACCUGACCGGUAACGAACCCUACGCUGGGGGAGCGGAGCACCUUCCACCGCCGCCUCCCGUUUCUUACCCUCGCACCAAGACCACGUCCCUUGCUGGAGCCCCUCUGUCUGCCCCUAUGGGGCAGAACCAGCUAGAUAACUGGAGUCGCUGGCCAGGCUCUUCUGGUCCCUCAUCCCCCUUGGAUAACCUUUCUGCUGUGGGCAGCCCCGCUAGCUGGCAGGAGGGGCGGGCGGGUGAGCCAGGCGGCGUAGGUCACUGCAGUCCUGCUCACCGCACAGAGGAGAUCCAGUACGGUAUGACCAGCCAGCAGCCACAGGGUCAAAUUAGAGGACGCUCCUACUCCUCUUCCUCCUCUUCAGGUCCUCUGUCGAGCCCACUACAAGUCCAUCACCCAAACCACCACGGUGCAAUGUCUGCACAGCAGCAGGGGUCCAGCUCUGCCUGGACCAGUCCACCCCUCUCCCAAACCAGCCAGAGCCACAAUGAUCGCUGCCAGCAGGCCCUUUCUGACUGGUACUACAACCAGCUGCCUGAGCGCCCCGGACGCAGCGUUCAGACCCGCCAGCGCAGCUACUCCCAGGACCGCCUGAGUGAAUCCCGGAGGCAGCAGCAGCGGGCCGGCGGCUGGCCUCACAGCGCCUCACAGGACACUUUGUUCUUACUGCAGCAGUCAGGACCAGGAGUAUCGACAGAACCGUAUUGGUCCUAUGGAGACUGGGAGGUGGGCCCGGGUAGGGGCCAUCUGCCUUCUAACUACACUCGAACUCGCUCGGAGAAUUUGCUCGCUCAGUACAACCACCACGGCCGCUCCCUGGAGAUGUUGGACCGAACAUCAGCAGGACUGAUCUCGGCACGCUCCGAUAUUCCUCCGUGGUCGCAACCGCCCCACAGGACUGAUGCCUAUGUGAGACAGGGUGUCCAUUUUAGUGGAUCCCCUUCAGCUCCCCGACGCUCGCAGUCCAAACACCUCCCCCCAGCCCACGGUCAAGCCCAGAUGAAGGCCCCGCAGGUCGCUUCUCAGACCAGGAGGCUUCAAUCUGGCCAGAGCAUGGAUGAGCAGGUGGGCUACCGCAGCUACAGCCCCUCCUUUUACCGCAAGACCGGCCGCAUCCUGCAGCAAGCUCACUCUUUCAGGGACCCCUCUUAUUCCGGCCCCCACUUGAACUGGAACCCAGCACCAAAAACUAGCCCCCCCGAGGGAUCAUCUGCCGCCAUCAGUGCCUCCACAGCAUCACCCCUUGCCUUUGCCUCUCAUGUACCCCAGGACAAGGCGUACCGGCCGACCAACCACGAGAGGGAACGAGGGGCAGCAGAGGGGCAAGGUGAGACUCAAACGCAGGAGGUGGUGCUGAGGCAGAAACCCCCAAACGGGCGACGACCCACGCGGCAUCCCCACUACGCUCUACCUGUGGAAGGUCUGGAACCCUCCUUGUUUUCUCCUGACCCCAAAGACUCAACCCACGGUUCCUUUGGAGACCCGGCACCACGGAAGCCUAAUGGCAACCUCGCACCCCUCACCGUGGAGGAAGACUCUCUGGCCUCCAUUCCCUUCAUAGACGAGCCGACAAGCCCCGGCGCCGAUUUGCGCGCCCGACACGUUCCGGCGUCCUCCGUGGUAUCCAGCGGCAUCAGUUCAGCGCCCGCCGUGGGCACCAGCCCCGCCUCCCCCACCUUCACGUUCCCCCUCACUAGGCUCUUCUCACACGACUACAGCAGUACUAAAUCCAGUCGCCGUUCCUCCUAUGUUCUAGCCAUCACCAGCGAGCGCUCCAAGUCAUGUGACGAAGGUCUCAACAAGUUCAAGGAUGAAGGACGAGGCCUACGACUACCAAAAAGAGUGAAGAGUUUCUUUGCAGACGGGUCUCCAGACAGCAUCAGGACAGCAGAGGAGAUUCGCUCCAAGCGUCACUCCACCUCGGAGCUGGGAAACAUCACCUACAGCGAUGUGUGGCGGCAAGGAUGGCUGCACUUCAAGCAGAUCGUCACAGAGAAGGGGAAGAAGGUGGGCAGCGGCAUGCGACCGUGGAAGAGGGUCUUUUUGGUGCUCCGCUCCCAUUCGCUGUUCCUCUACAAGGACAAGCGGGAGGCCGUGCUCCGUGGAGCUAUCCUGGGCAGCACGGCUGAAGACGAGCAGCCCAUCAACAUCAGGGGCUGCCUGGUGGACAUCGCGUACUGCGAGACCAGGCGGAAGCACGCCCUGCGACUCACCACCCAGGACUUCUGCGAGUACCUGCUGCAGGCGGAGGACCGGGACGACAUGCUGGAGUGGAUCAGCGUCAUCAGGGAGAGCAGUAAGAUGGACAACGAGGAGCUCGGCAUUUCCAGACAGGCCCUCAUUAAUAAGAAGCUCAACGACUACAGAAAACAAAGUCCAGCAUCGAGCAAGCCAGAUUCCUCUCCCCGGAUGUCCCGCAUGAAGCCUCCCUUUAUGCUGAACAAGACGGAGAAUGCAUCUGGGGCACCGCGCUCCCCAAAGCCAGAGGGCAAAGAUGAGAGCAACCCUCCUAAAUCCCCCUGGGGCAUCAGCAUCAUGAAGAAGACGAAGAAGGCGGGGCCUAAAGCUUUCGGCGUGAGGCUGGAGGAGUGUCAGCAUGGUGCAAACAACAAGUUCAUCCCCAUGAUUGUUGAGAUAUGCUGUGGUCUGGUGGAGGAUAUGGGCCUGGAAAACACCGGAAUCUACCGAGUGCCGGGGAACAACGCCAUGGUGGUGCUGCUGCAGGAGCAGCUCAACAAAGGGGUGGACAUCAACCCUGCAGAGGAGAAGUGGCAGGACCUCAACGUUGUCAGCAGCUUGCUCAAAUCUUUCUUCAGGAAACUUCCAGAGCCGCUGUUUACCAACGACAAGUACAAUGAUUUCAUUGAUGCCAAUCGGAUAGAAAACGCCACGGACAGACUGAGGACCAUGAAGAAACUGAUCCGAGACCUUCCAGAUCACUACUUUCACACUCUGAAAUUUCUGGUUGAACACCUAAAAACUGUAGCCGACCACUCAGACAAAAACAAGAUGGAGCCGCGUAACUUGGCUUUGGUGUUUGGACCGACGCUGGUCAGGACCUCUGAGGACAACAUGAAGGACAUGGUCACACACAUGCCCGACCGCUACAAGAUAGUGGAGACGCUCAUUCAACAUUGCACGUGGUUUUUCACUGAGGAGCUGGACAAGGACGAGAAAACACCAGUGGACACGGAGGACGUGCAGCCAGCCCCCAACAUCGACCACCUGCUGUCCAACAUAGGCAGGACCGCUCCGCUCGGGGAGGCUUCAGACUCAACCAACAGUGAUUCAACUAAAUCGAAGGGAUCUUGGGGAUCAAAGAAAGACCUGACGGCCAAGGACUUCCUGGCUCUGUCCAUCAUGUCUGCCGUGACGGGCCGCAAACGCAGGAGGGGCCGCAAAAACCGCCGUGUGGGCAGCAGCACCGACGACGACUCUGAGCAUGAGCCAAUCAAAGCUGGCCAUCUGGGGCCAGAGGAGGAGGAGGAAGAAGAGGAAGAGGCGGUGUCUCCAGAAGCAGGGUCUGCUCCUCGAGCAGAAGGAGAGGAGGAUGACAAUGAAGAGGAGGAAGACGAAGAAGAGGAGGAGGAUGAGGAAGUUGCAGGAAGCAGAGGAAAGGAGGAGGUUGUGGAGGAGGCGGCAGAGGUCGUGCCCAGCUCCAAAGAGGAAGAGGAGGCGAGAGCUAAGCGGGCGGUGGUGUUGUUGAGAGAUGAGGAGGUGCAGGUCAAGGCGAAUGGUCCACAGUGGCGAGCGCCAGACGACGCUCGCUCCAUAGUUUCUGGUUACUCCACACUUUCCACGUUGGGGCGGAGCUUAGGGUCAGAGGGGAGGGGCGAGGAUGCUGAUGACGAGCACAGUGAGCUGGUGAGUGAGACGGACAACGAGAGCGGCUUCGCCUCACGCUCUCUGACCCAGGAGAGACCGGAAAAACACCCAGCAGCCCCAGCGACCGCAGCCCCGCCCCCACGCAGCUUCCUGUACUCACAACCCAAAUCCCUCUCUCCCAACCCUCUCACCCCCGCCACUGCCCUGUCACCCACGCCUGACUCUGCAGAGAGGGGCGAAGGACGGGCACGCUCCAACACCGCCUCCUCCUCCUCCUUCUCCUCCUCCUCCACCGCUCACAAGCUGCACUCGCGGCCCUCCUUCAACUCCCACAAACUGAUCCAGUGCGACACUCUGGCCCGGAAGAAGGCCAAAGCUCGCUCCGUGGACCUCCUGGAGGCUCCGAGUGAGGGGACAGGCUCCGAGCCAGACUCUACCCCCGGGUCAAGGCGGGACACCUCCAGAUCCAAACCUUCCUCUGGCAGCAGUCAGGAAAGCCUGCGUCAAGCCCGGCCCAGAGCGGCCGUCCUGCCCAGCGAGGCCGCCUCCUUCACCCCCAUCGGAGCGGGCGGGAGGACCCUGGCCGAGCAGGUCUGCGCUCGGCUGCUGGGUUCGGCUGAUGACCUGCGCAGCGUGGAGCGCCGCAAACCACUGUCCCCCGAGACGCGUAGGAAGAGGCGGGUGUGGCGGAGGCACACCGUAGUGGCCUCGCCGACUGAGACGUCCAACAAGAGACCUCCCCUUACCGCCAACGAGUUCCCCUUCCCUCCAAAGAACCAGGGGAAAACACAAGGGCUGCCUCCGAGCGUAGAGGGCCUCGCACGUCAAACCCCCCCCUCAAGAUUCCACCAGUACCUGUGAGUGCCGACCGGGUUAAGAGGGUUCUUCUCUAAGCUCCGCCUGCGUGGCGGCAGGUGUUCCAGUGUUGCCAAAGCUUUUCUUUUCUAUCUUUUACAAAUGUUUUUAUUUUUAUUUUUAAGAAACGCAGACACAAACAAGCAUCCUUCCUGCCUAACCACAACCAAUUCAAGGGUUCAAUCCCUUCAAAUGACCAAAGUGCGCUGCGGAACGGCGGCUUUUCUCUGGUUCUCGAGGAGAACGGUGCUUCAUGUCAAAGGAAAAACACAAUGAAACAAAUCAAAAAACUGACUUUAGGACCAUUUCAACAGAUCAGUCUUCCAGUGUCUCCCUCCUCCGACCACAGACACUGUAAGCCCCCCCGAAAAUAUGCCUUCAAUCAGAAAACACAUUUCUCUCUCCCUGUUAAUAAUCUUUGUGUUUGCGCAACAAUACUUAUGUCUGGGCGUGAAAGUGUUUGUGUUUUAACUGUUUUGUAACAUUUGUAAAAAGCCUUGUUAAGUUAACCUUGUAAAUAUAGAUUUUUUUUUUCGUUCUUUUUUUUAUGGUUUACAAAAUGUGCGUCCAGGCACACAGACAUUUUUUUACAGAAUGUUACUUGAAAUGCUUUCCUUAAUAUAUUAUUUGUUUAUACUCUCUAUAUAUAUUUUAUAUGAAAGUUAAAAAAAAAGUACUUUUAUUGGGAUUUAACCUGUUGGGCGUACCUGUUAACAGGAGAUGAGGUUCCUAUUUCCUCAUGGAAGGCCUUUCUGGGAUUCACAGCACUGUGCAGGAAACCUUUAUCUCACCAGAUUUUCAAUAAAAGACAUAAAUAUCCGCAUGUAGCAUGUAAUCCCAGGUCAUCUGGAUUACUUUGGGAGUUUGCAGGCAGUUUGCUGCUUUGUUGUUUUGGACUUGUGCGCUUUGAAGAAAUGGGUUCUCCUCGUGCACGCGAUCUGACGAGGUCAAUAGAAAAAGAUAUGGGGAGCACAAGCGACUUUUUCUUUAGCGAACCCUCUCUGGAGCACAUGUAUCACUGCUGGGAAACGUGACAAGGAAACUUCCUUGAGGUCAGGUCACAAAUAAAACCUACCUCACUGGAGAAAUGGUACAACAGAAGCCGACUUCUAUUGUUUCCUUCUUGAUGCAACAACAGGAGGUACAAUCAGCAAACGAAAACCAGUGAGGAGUUCUAGAAAAUCGGAUCCUUUCUUACCUCAAGAUUCCUCUACAAGUGCCUGAUUUCUGGAAUGUGUUUUGGUUGUGCUGUGCCAUGCGCGUUUCUCGUCUUUCUGUCCUUUCGUUGUUUCUGGGUCUCCUCCCUUCUUUGUUGCGGCUGAUGCUGCAGCUUACGGCCCUUGGAUGUGUACAUUAAAGACCCACUCCGAGCAUCUUUUCAUCGAUUUUCAAAGCAUUCCCAGUCUUCUUGGGAAAUUAAUUGUCAUUUUCUAGGUCAUAGUUUCUGCAGAGCAGCAGUAACUCAUCAGAAAAUAAGUUCUGGGCGGGACCAUUGGCGUGGAGCAAUACCUCCCGCCCCCUUUCUGAGAGCUCUCUGUUCACGUGAUCUCCGGCUAGCUAACAGACCACCAACCUAACAUUAACGGUGCAAGAAAAAUGGCGAGGAAAAUUAUCCUCUUUAAGUAAAUGCAUCAUAAUGGAGCGGGGCAGGGAGCUUGUGGCCCGCCCAGCGUAUUUCCUUGGUGACAAACGCUCUGCCCCGCUUCAUGAUCUUUUUCUAACCGCACUUUUUUUCAUCUUCUCCUGAUUCACAAUGAUUUGAACAAAGAGAUACUCAAAUUUUAAGAUGACUUUUCGCAGUACAUGUAACAAAUGCCACAAUAACGUGAUAAAAACACAAUUUUCCUCGGAGUGGAUCUUUAACUACGAUGAAGCUGAGCGAGAGGGUUGUUGAAAAGCACACUUUUGGCCAGGAGCAGGUCUACGAACUCCCUCCUCCUUCAGCAGAGGCGCCAACAGCUGUUUUCUGUGUUGCUGAGAGGGGAAUAAAAGAUAGCACAGUACUCUAAGCUGCUUUUCACGAUAAACUGAGUUUAUCUCGCUUUGCCUAAUGACCCAGUGAGUGAAUAUAGUACACCUUAAAAACCGUUUUAGGAGGUCUUACCAAGAUAACAUCCAAGUUCCUGAAGAUGAGCUAACCGCCCACCACUUCCUUGAAAGGAAACCUCAUCUGUCGGUGUGUCGUCUUAAUGUUUUAUUGUUAAAAAUCUCUGUACAUACAUCUCAACAUGUAACAUACUGUAUGUGUACAUUUUGAAUUGCUUUAACUAAUGAGAAUGACUGGACUGAAAGAAUGUCCGCCUGAAAUCAUUUCCUUAUAGCUGGUUGCUUUAAAGCAAUGUUAAAUGUUGUAUGAUGUAAAUAAACAGAACUAUGUUUAAAUUA